UAGUGAAUGUACUCAUGAUCUGUCUACGUCAUCACGCCCGAACCUGCCCCGGUGCCCGACCUCUUCUAAAGCUUCUCCGACCAGCACGUCAGUCACGUGACAGAGCCAUAUUAUCAGGUUCCACUCCACCACCAGUUCUACCUAACUGUAAUAUAUCCAGGUUUUUAUCUACAAUCCCCGGAAAGGUAUAUACAGGUAUCAGAUUACAGCAGGCUACAUUACGACAUCUGCAUACCACACAUACCGCAUUCCACGAACACCUGCCAGAACCCGAGUCCGAGGAGGAAACAGUCCGGAUAAACUAUAUACUUCGGGACGGAACAGUCCGGACAAUAGCAGGACGGACAGGAGAUAACGUCAUGUACCUCGCGCACAAGCACGAUAUUGAGAUAGAGGGCGCGUGUGAAGCGAGCCUGGCGUGUUGCACGUGUCACGUGUAUGUGGAGGGUGAGUACUGUGAUAUGUUGGAGGAGGCGAGUGAGGACGAGGAGGACAUGUUGGACAUGGCUCCGGAGCUCAAGGAGACCAGCAGAUUGUCAUGUCAGAUUGUGUUGGAGAGGAAGUUGGAUGGGAUUACGGUGCAGAUACCCAGGAUUACUAGGAACUUUUAUGUGGAUGGUCACGUGCCUCAACCUCACUGAAAUUGAGACUUUCUCGGGUUUUUAAUGUUUAUUUAUAGAUUUAUUGUUUGUUUGAAGGUUUAUGUUCUGUGUAGAACCUUUUGUAACUUUUUACUAGCGUAGGCCGUGCUUUAUUUGAGAGCGUUUUGGUGUAAAUUAUACAUUUGAUGUAAUGUUUCAGUGACCCCCUAAUUUAUUAAACAGUGCAGCUUAUAAUACACAUUGUAAACCAUUUUAUUUCACAUUCAUAUUAUCACUCUUGUUUCACUAGUAGGAACUACAAUAUCAAAUAAAUUAUAAAAAUGUCAAAACUGAAAAUUCGAUCCCUUAGUUCCCUUAAUCUAGAUAAAGAUGAUAGCCUCGCACAAAACAAAGUACAGUGCAGACAGCAUUGAGACAAAACCAGGUGACCAAACCAAGUUUGCUUGCGCAACAUACCAACUAGACUCUAGCGGAACAGAAAGACACGGUAACGUCUCCAUUCUAGACUUCCAGGAGAAGUCUGUUAAAGUAUCGUCAGUCCUAGAAACGGGAGGAGUAUUGGAUCUGUGGUGGAGAGAUGAGGGAUGUUUGUUGGCAGCAUGCGCUUCAGGCGAGUUGCACAUGAUUGAUGUUGAUAAGGACUGUGCGUUAAGUGUGCACAAUGUUGCUAAGGUGUCAAGUGAUAUUUUACUGGCUGUUGACGGGAGUUCUAAUACUGUUGUCACCAGUGAUACUGCUGGAAUCAUCUACUCAAUAAACCCAGAUAGUUUGGAAAUUUCAGUGAAGAUAGAGGCAGCACAUGGUGCGCAGGGUUGGGGCGCUGAAGUAUGGGGUUUAGCGCUUGACAGGCACGAUGUAAACCUGGUUUACAGUGGGGGAGACGACUGUUUGUUGAAGUGCCAUGACCUGCGCACCCCUCACACUGUCUCCACCUCACGAUACCACACCAUGGGGGUGUGCUGCAUAUCCCCUGAUCCUGUAUCUCCUAACCGGAUAUUAUCCGGAAGUUAUGAUGAGUUGGUCGUUGAGUGGGAUACCAGGAACUUUAAACAACCCCUCAGAACUGUCAGUGUAGGUGGUGGUGUGUGGCGCAUCAAGCGCAGUCCUGACAAUAUGCAUGCGCUUAUAGCAGGCAUGCACAGUGGGUUUCAUAUCGCGGACUUGACAGAGUUUGCUGUAGCACAGACCUACACAGGACACACAUCCCUUGCGUAUGGGGCAGAUUGGUUAGACCAGGGGUUUGUUGCUACCUGCUCAUUUUAUGAUAAUUUGGUUAACGUUUGGCACAGCGGUGUCUAGUUGGAGCACCCCUUAUUAAUUAUUUGCGGAGUAUCGUGUGACCAAUUUUGGUAUUUGUUAAGUUAAUUGCUUUUACAGAGAUGUACCUGAAGUUUAAUUGCUAAUUUAUUGUUUUAAAAAUAAAGUUAUU